AUGCGUCAUGACUUUCUCAUAUAACAUAGGAUCCAUAGCAUGUGACUGGUGACUUAAACUCUACUGGCCUCUGUAACCUCCUGAUCGGUGUACAUUUGGACUGUCCAAGCAAUAAACUGUCCCUAAAAACUGCUUCCAAACAUAUUGAUUUCCUAUUAAUUAGGUACUUUUCUGACCUGUUAGCCCUCCUGCUGUAUUUGAAUAGCUGUGAAGGUGAUCGGGGGGGCCAAAGCACAUAGCCUGACCCUUUGAAGUAAAGUCAAGAAAGGCGGAGAGGAGGCAGUCUCCCAGCCUUUUCUUCCUCCUGGUUAACUAGACAUGUGAUUAGCAUUGCUGUCUGCUACUUUGUUUGCCCUGCAGUCAGCCUGGUCUGCCUUCAGGGGAAACACUGUCUGCAGGCUACUCAGUCAACAGCAAGCCCAGCACCAGGCAGCUCACCGGCAUCAGGUCCACAGUCAUGCCUGGCACCACUGCAGCCAAAAAGCUUGAUCUUUCCAAGCUCACAGACGAGGAGGCCAAGCAUGUGUGGGAGGUUGUCCUGAGAGACUUCAACCUGAGGAAGAAAGAGGAGGACAGACUUGAGGAGCUAAAGACAAAGAUCGCAAGAGAAGACAACAAGAGAGAGCUGUUGGGGAAUGAAACCAGUCUGACUGAGUCUCACUGUAUUCGCUGUCUCCAGCCCUUCAAAUUCCUGGUCAACAGCAAGCACCAGUGUCUGGACUGUCAACUCUAUAUCUGCAGGUCCUGCAGCCGCUACAACAAGAAGGAGGAUGGCUGGGUGUGUGAUCCCUGUCACAUGGCCAGGGUCUUUAAGAUUGGCACUUUGGAGUGGUACCAUGAGAACGUCCGCGCCCGCUUCAAGCGCUUUGGCAGUGCCAAGGUGAUGCGAUCACUCUUCAGGAGGCUGAACGGAGAACACAGAUUCUCUCAGAGUGAUCUUGGAGAGCCCCAAGAAUAUGACACACAGAGCAUGCCCGAGGUCCACAAUGGAUAUGAAGAGCACAGUAUGGAUGCAACAGACUCGCACCAAUACAAAGGGAUGAAAAAGACCAAGAGGCGGUUAACUGUUGAUCCCAUUGAUUUCGAACUGGGUGUUGACGACUCCAACAAAUCAAGAGGACGAUCAAAUCAGAUUUUGAAGGAGCAACACAAAGGCUUGGACCUGGAAAUGGCUCCACAGCAAGAUGACCUUGUGUACUUGGAGAACCGGACCAAUCCGUCUUGCUCUGUCUCCCAGCUCAGCUAUUCCUCAUGCGGCAGUGGCAGCGCUGGAGGCCUCCGAUGCAGUAGCUUCCUGCCGGGCCCCGAUGACUCCGAGGAAGAGGACAACCAGUGCCAGCAGUACCCAAUCUACCACUCUCAUCCAGGCACCUACAGCCACACUUCUCAGGAGAGCAUGAACUCAGCGAUCCCUCCAGCUCAGAUCACUGACAUUAACAGACGCAUGUCCGCUAUUGAGACAUUCUUGAACCAGCUUGAGGAGAGGGUCAGCACAACAUACGACCAGGCUCCUCCAACUCCAAACAGCUCCUCUCCUCCUCCUCAGUGGGAAAAAGUAGAUCUAGAAGAGCAGCAGCUCAGACAGAAGCUUCAUGCGAUGACGGACAACAUCAGCGACCACAGUCUAUCCUCCGAUGAGGACGAGACCAACAGACCAGAGUUCCCCCAAGAGAUUCCAGUGUGGAAGAGCCCACAGAUGGAGCCUAAGCCCUCCAGACUCCCUACCAGAUCAACAUCCAUCAUAAACAAUGGAGCCUCUACACUUGGGGAGGAGCUGUCUCAGCAGACUGAUUCUCAGAAGACAAACCAUUUUUCAGAUAGUCCUGAGAGGCAGGAGCUCCCCCUAGAGGACGGAUCAAAGGCCAGCCUCAGAGGUUCAACAGCAAUACUCAAUGAGCUGGAGGGCAUGGUAGCUCAGGCAGCCGCCAAUGUCCAGAACGCCAAGAGUGAGGUCUCGUACAUAGAGAACAGGAUUGCUGCCUUGAAUGCUGCUGGCAUGCCUGUGGACAAAAGAAGGAAGUCUGCAAUUCCAAUCCAAGCCAGAAGACUUUCCCAGAACUUUCCCACAAACCAGGCGGACAGGUUUGUGAGGAACUCCCUCUACAGGGGCUCCCUAACACAGAGGAAUCCAGUGGCAAAGCCAAAGACCAGGGCUACCAGUGCGAAACCAGUCAUGACACAGGACUUGUGAGGAGGAGGCUGAGUAUUAUCUGACUGAAUAGUUUUUCUUGUGACCACACUUACUAUUUUAUACAGUUUAUAACACACUGUAACUUUACAGGAGUGCAUUUAAGUCUAUUAAAGAGAUUCCGGUAUAAAUUGUACCAAUUGUCUGCUGAGGCAGGACUGCUUCCCAUUAUAUUUAAAACGGGUCCUUUUGAUAUUGCUGUUACUUUAUUGGAAUAGAUCCAGACUUUAUAAUAUAUGAUGAAGUUACUCUUACAUGUGAUGUACACUUACACUGGACACGCUUCUUAAAGUAAGCUCAGUUGCAUGCAUUACCAAGCAAGUUCAUGGAUUUGUGUUAAUCUAAAAUCUUUAGCUGGUUAAUUCAAACGUUACACAGAAAAAAAAUACAAUGAAAAUCUUGUUUUUACAUUAAACAGUGGAAGGGAGUACACCCCUAUUCAACAUCGCAACAAUGUGUCACCUCUCAAAAGCAGGAUUAUUUCUAACUUGAACACUAGAUAGAUUAGACACUUGCUUGUUCCUUGGCAGAAAAUAGCAUGAAUAAACUUCGCCUAACCCUAACCCUUUGCUAUGAAUAUUGGGAGCACAGUUUAAAUUAGAUCAUGAAUAAAUAGGGUAAAUAUGUUACAAACAUAAACUUGCAUAAACCUGGCCAUACACCAGAGUGAAUACAUAGUCCUGACAGUGAAGCACAGAAGUUUGAGUGUGAUGUUGUGGAGCAGCAUGAGUGCUAAAGCUGUUAGGUAGAUGACAUUUAUAGAUAGUGCCAUGAACAUAUCCUUCCAUCAUCUAUACACCGCUUAAUCCUCUAUCCCAGCUGACUUAGGGUGAAGGCAAGGGACGCCCUGGACAUGUCAGCAGUCUAUCACAGGGCUACACAUAGAGACAAACAAUCACACUCACAUUCACACCUAUGGACAAUUCAGAAUGACCAGUUAGCCUCAGCAUGUUUUUGGACAAUGGGAGGUAGCCAAAGAACCCAGAGAGAACCCAUGUAUGUAAAGGGAGAACAUGAAAAACUCCAUGCAUGAUAUUGCAGAGGUGUACUCCCUUCUGUUCCCUACUUCACAGAUAUUUUAGCCAGUCCCAAACCAGCGCAAUAACAGACUGCGAGUCAAUCUGCAACAAUUUGACAUUUCCAAAAUCUUUUUGUUUGUGAUGUUCUGUAGAUAGCUUUAAUAUUAUUUGGUUCUGGCAAUGUAAGAAUGUUAAAUUGACUGUAAAAUUGGACUGUCAUAUUGAAACCAGCAGGUCUAAACUGUAAACCUGAAGGUUUCUGUACUGUGAUGAACAGGAUUAUAUCUCAGAUAUUUAUAUUACACUUGUAAAUUGUCAGCUAAAAUACAUAUACGCAUACCUGAAUGCAUCAGCUUAAACAAAAUCUUGUUAUACCUGCGUAAUCAGUACUUUAAUGUUCACUUAUUGCAUGUAAAGAUCAACUAAAACUGAAACUGAAAUGUGCAAUUGAAUAUGCUAGUAAAAUUGACUUUAAUUUGACUUAC